AUGGGAGUUCCUAAAUUUUUUCGUUGGAUCAGCGAACGGUACCCAUGUCUCAGUCAGAUUAUCAAAGAACACCAAAUCCCAGAAUUUGAUAACCUCUAUCUGGACAUGAAUGGGAUUAUCCAUAACUGCUCUCAUCCUGACGAUGCUAAUGCACACUUUCGUAUAUCCGAAGAGAAAAUUUUUCUGGAUAUAUUUAGCUAUAUUGAGGUACUAUUCAGAAUUAUUAAACCUCGAAAAGUACUAUUUAUGGCUAUUGAUGGGAUUGCUCCUAGAGCUAAGAUGAAUCAGCAACGUAGUCGAAGAUUCAGGUUAAUAAUUCUUUGCAAUGAUACUAUUUACAAAUAUAAAGUGCAUAACUGGGUAUAUCUAGAUGCUACUACUGCAAUCUGGGUACACAGUAUUCUUUACUUGAUUCGCCCAAUCUUGUAA